AUGCCAUCUCAUCUACAAGGAUUGAAUGUAGUUCAUCCACCCCAGGCAGAAGUCAAUUCCAAUUCUCAAGACUUGCUGGCUGGCUCUCAUUUCCCCGACCUCACCGCGCAACUUGCGCUUUGGACUAAUCUUCCGUUCGAAAGCGAGGAGAGCCCGGUUCUCCCUCAUGAAGAUACUUUCCGGAAAUCACCUUCUGCAGAGGACGAUGAGGAGGAAAAAAGAGGUGUUGCUUCACACGACUCGCAUGUGAAUGUGGUGACAGGGACGAAUAUAGGGACAGACGAGCAGUCCCAACAGCACCCAUCUCAGAGCUCUGCUGUGCCCCAGCAGCAGCCCUCUUUCGAUUUCAAUGCUCUCAUCAACGGCUUCGGGUUCAAUGCCUUUCACCAACAGCAGCAGGAACCCCUCCAGACCCCAUCACUUGCUCAGUUGCUGGCACUUCAUUCUCUUACACAGAACGCUUCGGUGUACCAGCAACAAUCAGAGCAACCUAUACCGCCCCAGCAGCCACGUUCCAUCUCCUCAACCGAGAAAACCGGAGGUCGGAGUGUAAGUGGCAGUACCGAUAUGUCUCCCCCACCUGCGAAACGCGCGCGCGCACGGAAACCCUCCCUAUCUAACGAGUCUUCCACUGACGCCGGCGAUGGCUCUGUUACUCCCAUUGCUCCAGCAGAAGACAAACGUCGCAGGAACACUGCUGCUAGUGCACGAUUCAGGCUCAAGAAGAAGGAGCGAGAGUUUGCUCUUGAGACGAAGGCGAAGGAGUUGGAAAUUCGAGUUAACGAGUUGGAGAGAGAGUGCGAAGGAUUAAGAAGAGAGAAUGGGUGGUUGAAGGGUUUGGUCGUCGGUGUCACUGGUGCAGCUCAGACCAACGUGCAACAACAUACUCCUCAGAGUUCUCCCACUCUUGCUGGUAUCAGGAGACCACGCGAGGACGAUUCAGUUUAA